GGAGCACUCCUCACCCAACAGACGCGUCCGGGAUCCAGGGGAAGAUAACCGCGAUUCUCCCACCUGAUAAGGUGCCACGAGAUUUCACAUCACAGGAGUCUUCAUAUACAAGGGUCUUGAAGAACGAUGCCAACAUACUCCAUAACCCUGCUCUCAGCACUGGUGCUUGUCUCUCUGCUGGUGUCGGUCAGCGCUGGAACUGUCCUGCCGCAGCAGGAGCCUACCGCUACAUACAACAGCACCGACAGCAUCGACCCAUACAAGAAUCACAAGUGGGAGUGCACGGAUCACAAGCACUGCAGCUGUGUCUGGGGCGUCCCGGUCUGCCACCAGUACUACUGCUAUUGCGUCAUCACCAACCGACUCUGCUCCUCACAUGUGGACUGCUCCACCCUCUGCAACUCCGGCAUCGGCGUCUGCGUCGAGAGCGCCUGCAAGUGCUACAAGCUAGUCGAGGACAGGGAACUGAGUGACAGCAUUUCCCCACUGGUGGCUCCAGAAGAUCGGAAGUGACCUCAUCAACCGGAAAUGACCUUUUCCAGACGGAAAACAACGUGACCAAGAUGGCAUCCGCUUUCAAACCAAUUGAUUUUUGGAUUGAAUUUUUAUAAGAAUAAAGUUUAUAUAAAAUUGA